AUGGGCGUCAAGAUGUCGCCUUUGCACGUCGCGCGCGCGCUGAUCGUCGCGCUGGCGCUCCUGGCCUACGCGCCGGCGAUCCUCUUCGGCGACCUGCAACACCUGAACGUCGAGGACGACGUCCACCUGCCGCGCGGCCGCCCGGCGACGCUCGGCGCGGCGCUGCGGUGGUGCGCCUUCGAGGCGCCGCGACUGGGCACCGCGGGCCCGCUCGGCGCCUGCCUGCAGGUCGCCGUGAACUGGGUCGGCGCGUCGGCCGCCGCCGCGCGCGUCGCGUCGCUCGCGUGCCAUCUGUGGGUCGCGAUCUCGUCGCUCGGCCUCUGCUACCGGCUCGGCGACGACGCCGCGGCGGCCGCGGCGGCCGUCGGCCUGCUCGUCGCCGCGCACCCGCUCCACGCCCAGGCCGUCGCCUGGGCGCGCCACCUGCCCGCGCUCGCCGCCGCGGGCUUCGCGCUCGAGGCCGCGCACAAGGCGCUCGACGGCCGACCGGCGGCCGCCGCGGGGUGCGCGCUCGCCGCGUGUCUGACCAAGGCCACGGCCGUGGGCAGCCCGGCCCUCGUCGCCUUCGCGCUCGUCGCCGUGGACCGGGGCUGGACCGACGCCGAGAAGCUGCGCCACGCGCUCCGGUCGACGGCGCCCGCCGCGGCCGCCGCGCUCGCCUGCGCGGUCCUGCACCGCGGCGGCCACGCGGCGGCGUCCGGCGACGCGGCGGCGCGGCUCCUGGUCUUCGAGGGCUGGCGCGACGCCCUGGCCGCGGCGGCGUGGUACGCCUGGUCCCUCGCGGCGCCGCCGGACAACCCGCCGGCGCUGAGGUAUUCGGCGUUCGACGCGGCGCACGCGUCCUUCGGCGCCCUCGCGCGGAGCCGCCAGUCCCUCGCCUUCGCGGCGGGGUUGACGGCCUUCCUCCUCGCCCUCGUCGCCGGCGACGGCGGCGUCGGGCGCGUCGCCGCGGCCGCCGGCUUCGCGUACGCGUGCCUCCUGGCGCCGACGGUGGGCGUCGCCGCGGGCGCGCCGGCCUACGGCCUCGUCGCGGACCGCUACGCCUACCUGCCCGCGGCGGGCGUCGCCGCGCCCCUCGCGGCCCUGGCCAUCGCGCGGGCGCGCGCCGGGCGGGCGACGCCCUUCGCGAAAGCGUUGGCCGCGUUCGCCGCGGCCUUCGCGCUUUUGCAGGCCCGGCGCACGGCGGCGCGCCUCGCGGCCUACGCCAGCCCCCUCGCCCUCUACACGGCGGCGACGUCGGCGAACCCCGGCGACUUCGAGAGCUGGGCCGCGCUCGGGCACGCGACGAAGGAGGACCCUACGAAGGACGACAACGACACGGACCUCGGCCACGAGUCGCUCAGCUACUACAGCCGGGCCAUGGAGGCCGGCGCCGGGGAGAAGCCCUGCGGCAUCGCCGAGGUCAUGACCCAGUACCUCGGGUCCAACCUCGACGCCGCGGCGUGCUGGGAGCGGCGCGCGGGCUCGGACCGGCCCGCGGCCGCGCGGCUCGAGGCGCGCGUCCGCGCGGCCAAGUGGCGGAACUUCGCCGGCGACACCGCCGGCGCGGCGGCGCACGUCGACGCCGUGCUCGCCGCGCGGCCCCACGACUGCGGCGCGCUCCUCGAGCUCGGCAACGCGCGGCGCCGGCGCCGCGACGGCGCCGGCGCCGCGGCCGCCUACGGCGCCGCGGCCGCCUGCGACCCGACCUGGGACGCGCCCCACCUCAACUGGGGCAUCCUCGAGAUCGACCGCGAGAAUCGCGACGCGGCCUACGGCCACUUCCGCGACCAGCUCGCGCGCGCGCCGAACCGGGGGAGCCUCCGCCGCCUCAAGAUCCUCCGGGACAUCAACGAGGGCGACCCGACCAUCGCGAAGAUCGUCGCCGACUUCGAGGCCCGCCACGCCGAGCUGUGCGCCGGCGCGCGGCCGACGUUCGACGGCGCGAGCGGCGCGCGCGGCUCGUCGCCGACGGACACCUCGGAGACGUCGGACGCGGGCGCCGACGCCUCCGACGCGGCCUCCGACGCGGCCUCCGACGCCGCCUCGGACGCGACGUCCUCCGACAGCGCCGCCUUCGACGCCGCGAUCUCCUCGGGCGUCGUCGCCUCGGCGCCCAUCUCGAUGGCCAUCGUCUGGGAUGGCAAGGCGCGGGCCGUCUGCCCCGUGUGCGGUCCGAGCGGCUGCGUCGACGGGCCGGCCCACGGCGUCGUCUUCGCCGACGAGCCCGAGAGCACCGCCGAGGCGCUCGAGGCCUACUGGCGGGCCAGCGGCCGCGUGCUGGGCUGGUUCCGCGCGGACCCGCUCGACGAGGCGAAGCCGCGCGUCGCCGUGACGCGCGCGGGCCUCGGCUUCGUCGCGUCGCCGCCGGCGCUCGAGACGCUCUGCGCGCGCGUCGUGCUCGGGGGCCUCGCGGCGCGCGACGGGGCGACGGCCCGCGCGGCGGCCGCGCGGCUGCCGCCGGCGGCGCGGCGCGCGCUCCUCGGCGCCCAGCGGCGCGUCGUCGACGCGGCCGUCGGCUCCGGCGCCGGCGUCGACGCGGCGACGGCGCGCCGCGCGGCGCCGGCCGGGCCGCCGGAGGUCGCGCCGGAGGCGCCGCCGGACGCGGACCGCGAGUCCUUCGCGGCGCUCACGGCGGCGCUGCCCUGCCUCGCGGCGGGCGCGCGCCUCACGACGCUGGACCUGUCGCGCGGGCCCGGCGCCCUCGCCGGCGCCGCGCUCGCCGCCGCGGCGCCGAGCCUCGGCUCGCUGACCGCGCUCGACGUGUCCGAGUGCUCCGGGGCCGUCGGCGACGCGGCGCUCGGCGCCGUCCUCGCGGCCGCGGGCGGCCUGCGCGUCCUCGCCCUCGCGGGCGCGCGGCGCGUCGCCGGCGCGGGCCUCGGCCGCCUCCCGCGGCUCGAGUCGCUCGACUGCCGCCGGUGCGGCGCGCUCGAGCCGUCGGCCGUGCGCGCGUGCCUCCGCCGCGCGCGCGGCCUCGCGACGCUCCUCCUCGCGGACUGCGGCCGCGUCGACGACGGCGUCUUCGGCGACGACGGCGACGGCGUCCGGGGCGCCGCGCCGCGGUUCCCGGCGCUCCGGGGCGUCGACGUGUCCCGGACGCGGUGCUCGUCCGCCGCCGCCGCGAUCCUCGCCGCCGAGGCGCCCGGCCUGUCGGCGCUGCGCCUCGCCGAGGCCGCGAACCUCGACGCCGACGCGGCCCUCGCCGCGGCCGCGGGGCUCGCGGGCCUCGAGGAGCUCGACGCGUCCGCGGCGCCGCUCCCGCGCGGCUGGCGCCGCGGCGGCCUCGGCGGCGGCGGCGACGCCCGCGACAACGCGCCCUGGUGGUGCGCCGACGGCGCCGAGGAGGCGCCGAGGACGGCGCGGGGCGCGUCGGACCGCGGCCUCGCGGCCCUCGCGGCCGGCGCCGCGGCGCGGACGCUGCGGGUGCUGCGCGUCCGCGGCGGCUCGUUCUCCGACGGCGCGCUGGCGACGCUCGGCGCCGCGUGCCCGCGCCUCGAGGACGUGGACGUGUCGCGCUGCGAUCGCAUCUCCGAGCGGGCCCUCGCGGCGCUCGUCGACGCCGCGGCGGACCUGUGCGCGCUGACCGCGCGACGGUGCGCGCGCGUCUCGGACCGCGCGACGUUCUUGCUCUUCCACGCGCUCGAGGCCCGCGGCGGCGACCUGCGGCUGGCCGUCCAGCGCGCCUGCCGCUACCGGCCCAGCAGCCGCCUGCCGCCGACGGAGGCGGGGGACGACGACUCGGACGACUACGAGAUGCCCAAGAAGAAGUUCAUCGACAAGAAGGCGUCGACGACGUACAGCGUCGUCCACCGGUCGCAGCAGGACGGCGCCUGGGGCAUCGAGGACCGGCCGAGCGAGCGCGUGCUGCUCGCGCAGCGCCCCGUGAACGCGCACGGCGUCAAGCGGGCGGCGAACAGCGAGGUCACGGCGCGGGGCUUCGCGAACGACGGCUACGACUACGAGUCCCAUCUCGCCGAGAUCGGCGGCGGCGCGUUCGUCUCCGCGGACGGCGGGGUGGGAACAGCGGCGGCGCUGCCGCGCGAGGCGUUCGCCGGCGACGAGGAGAUCGGCCGCGAGUACGAGGCCGUGACCCUGGACCCGGCGCUCAUGGACGGCGACGUCGCCGACGCGCUCUUCGACGACGCGGCGUUCGAGGGCUGCGAGGAGCUGCUCGACGACUUCGUGGUGGACGCGGCGCAGGCGCCCGAGGGCGAGGAGGAGGACGUCUUCGACUACGACGCGCACAUCGCGCGGCUCAUCGCGAACGCGGGGAGCGGGCACCUCCACGACGACGACGACGACGACGACGAGGGGUGGGACUCGGACGCGGAGACGGCGGACGGCGGCCCGCGCGGCGACGUCGACGCGGCCUUCGACGCGGCGCUGGCGGACUACGACUCCGACGAGGACGACUACGACGACGACGACGACGACGACGACGACGGCGUGGCGUCCGGCGUCGCGCGCAUCGCGCUCGAGGAGGCGGGCGGCGUGCUCGAGGCGAUGAUGGACGAGGCCGUCAAGGACCGGGAGGCGUUCCUCCACGGCGAGGACCAGUCCUUCUUCGACCCCCAGGGCCCCGCGGACAUCGUCGUCGAGGGCGAGGAGGAGCGCGUCGUCGAGGGCGAGGCGGACCGCGAGCUCGACGCCAUGUACGCGGCCGAGGACGCCAAGGAGCUCGAGGACGCGCCCCAGUGGGACUGCGAGUCCAUCCUCUCGACGACGUCGAACCUCGACAACCGGCCCAAGGUCAUCGACGACGCGCCGCCGCGCGCGGGGCCCAAGCCGCCGUCGCGCGCCGCGAAGCGCGCGCUCCGGCUGAAGCUCGACGCCGUCGCCGAGGAGAAGCGCGAGGAGGACCGGCGGUCCGUCGUCUCCCGCGCGACGACCUGCGCGACGCGCAGGGGCGAGACGCCCGAGGAGAAGAAGGCGCGCAAGGCCGCGGCCAAGGCCGCGCAGCGCGACCAGCGCGCGGCGAAGAAGGACACGAAGCUCGCCUGGAAGGACGCGUCCGCGCGCGCGCCCCAGGCCCACGCGGCGGCGCCCUCCGUCUUUAGCUUCUAA